ACACUGACAGCGGCCGGCAAGUGUUUUGCCCUGAGCUGUGAGCUGUGUAGUGCAAAGCUCACUGGAGCUGUUGAAGAGAGGCCAGUUCAUCGGUUCAUCUUCAUACAAAGUAGCUUGCUGCCCGGAGACCAACUCAUACUGCGAUAGGUUGGUCAGCACACAAAAGAGAAAAUAAACCCAAAUAGUUUGAUGACAAAGCCACCUGACAGGAGAUGUGUGCUGCUGUGUAUGUCCUGUCAACAGUAACGGGCUACGUGCUCACCUCUGCCCUGCUGCUGAAAUGCCCAUCUCUUUUGCACCGGAGGAAGCGAGAGUCUUUCCUCAGCAGGCACAUUUCCCAUCGUGGAGGAGCAGCUGAAAACCUAGAAAACACCAUGGCGGCUUUCAAGCACGCUGUAGAUCUUGGCACUGACAUGCUGGAGUUGGACUGCCACCUGACCAAAGACGAACAGGUAGUGGUUUCACAUGAUGCCAACUUGCAGAGGACCACCGGUGUCAAUGCCCACAUCUCCGACUUGACCUAUUCUGAGCUCCCUCCAUACCUCUGCAAGCUGGGUGUCACGUUUCAGAGGGAGUGUUUCUGUGAGGGGGGAGAAGACAAACGCAUCCCUCUCCUCACGGACGUUUUUGAUGCAUUUCCUGAUACUCCUGUUAACAUUGACAUCAAGGUCAACAACGACACGCUCAUCAAAAAGGUCUCUGAGCUGGUGGUGAAGUACGACAGAGAGAAUUUGACUGUCUGGGGUAACUCCAGCAACCAAGUUGUGAAGAAGUGUUAUAAAGAGAACCCUCGUAUUCCAGUGUUGUUCAGCCUUCCCAGAGUAUUGCAGCUGUUAGGGCUCUUCUACACCGGCCUUCUGCCCUUUGUUCCCCUAAAGGAGCAGUUUCUGGAGAUCCCCAUGCCCUCGAUUCUCACCAAACUUAGGGAUCCCAACAGAUUAACUAGAAGUCAAAGAUUCAUCGCCUGGCUGGCUGACACUUUGCUGAUGAGGAAAGCUCUGUUUCAGCAUCUGACUGCCAGAGGAAUACAGGUCUACAUUUGGGUGCUGAACGAUGAGGAGGACUUCCAGAGGGCAUUUGACUUGGGAGCCACAGGAGUUAUGACGGAUUUUCCCACCAGGCUUAAAGACUUCAUGGACAGGAAUAGCAUUUCUAAGCUCGAGUGACCUGCCAAAUUCUACCUCAACCCACCCCUUGUCAUUACCUCUGUCUUUUCAAUCACAUAAAAUACUCUUAAAGGACACAUAUAUUAUCAUCUCCUUUGAGUAGUCCUCUUUUUAGGUUUUUUUGUUUCCUCGCUGCACACCUCGCACAAAUACAAGAGUCAAACCACACAAUCUUUGUACUUAUACUUGGCUGUCGAAAAAUAGUUUGCAAGUCUUACCAGUCUUGAAUUUCUUGAUAGAUUGGUGGCUUUUGACUUGAAAGUAUUUUUUUAAAAGUUUUAUUCUUUUAUUCGUUUAACUUCUUUGUUACCUUCAAGUAAAUGACCGCUUGCAAUAUUACUGCAGUAUGGUUUGAGUAUUGAGCUAGUUAAAACCCCAGCACUUUGAUGUCGUAGUGUUAUGUUAAAUCACCAGCAGGUUUAAAAUAUUUUGAGGUUCGGAUUUUUUCUUUGUUUUUUACAGUCUCACUGUGGCUGCACCAAUACACAAAUAUGUCGAGAGAUAUUUCAUUUUUGUGCCAGAUGCAGCCAACAAUUUGCUACUUGUCAUAAAUAACAGGCUGCAGACACAAUGCAGCCCUCAACUGCACUGAGGUUUCAAAUGAGCAGUGUGAGUACUGAGAUGGGGUGGAGCCCCUGCUUUAUAUUUACAAUUCAGAGGUACAUUCUCUUCAACUGUGGAGUGUCCUAUAAAAAAAAUUUUAUAUGUUGUUCUUUAAAGACAGUGGGCUGUAUGUUGCAUAGCUGUAUUGUGUGGUUGUGCAUAGUUGCUUAGUCUCUAGAUUUUGCUCUGAAUCAAAUGAAAUGAUUGAGGUAUCGUUUGUCUGCUAGUGAAUCUGAGAGAAAUGUUUGCACAAAAUAAGAAUCUGCGUUGUACCUUUUUCACCUGUGAUGAUGUGAUUGGCAGCAUUGAACUUCAUAUUCAAGAAAUAUGAACAUUUUGAAUGUGUGGGCUUUAAAGGAUUAUUAGCAAUUAAGUAAAAGUACUGAUACAUGAUGACUGAUUGAUUUGUUCACUUGAAAGUGAAAUGUGUUAAAGACAGCAGUGGUUCUGCAGGUCCUCUCUGUGGGUGCCACAGUGUAAAGACCAUUAGGAUUAUCAUACCACUGUUGCUCUUUAAUCCAAACUUGUGACCACACAGUGAGGGCCAGUAAUAAAUGUUGUAUCAGUUUGAAUGUAUUGUAACACAGUAUUGCUGUUUUCUUUGGGGGUUUUUUUUCUUCAUUUUCUACUUAGCAUUGUCACUAAAUAUUUUUCAUGUGUAAAAUUUGCACAAACUGAUGACUGAUAUUUGAUGUGUUUUGAGAGCACCUGUACAUCCAAAAUCGUUAUUGUUUCUUACCACUCUUAUUACAGAUCUGGCAUUAAUGAAUAUACUCUACAAUAUGAUAAUUAAAUUGUCUUUGCUGUACUGAGUGUACAUUUGUUUUGCAUGCUUAAAUCAAUAUUUGUGACGUUGAUUUGUUGGAAUAUGUUGUAACUUUGACAGAGCCAGUCUGUGGGACCUGACUUCCUAGGCCUGUCAAAAUGCCUUAUCCCACAUGGAUACUCAAUGAAAUUACAUAUAAUUUGACUGAGACAUUAUUGAAAACGUGUUCUUUUAUCAAUGUCAACAAACAAUAAAACAUUGCUAUAAUCCUA